AUGGAUGAGGACAGACCAAAAACAUCUUCAUUUUCAUUCUCCAGAUUUGGUCGGAGAUUAGAUUAAAGAAAAACAACUGGAACUAGAUUCUAUCCAUAAAAUGUUGUUGCAGUUCCACCAAUUAAAUUGGAAAAAAAAAUAACUUAAAAAGGGGAUUGGUUAUUCAGAAGAAUAGAUAGAUCAUAAGGAUCCAUCUAUUCUUAAUAAUAAUAAGUAACUUAAGCAGAAAGAGAUUACAAGCCUCAUUUUGAUAUUAUAGAAAAACAUAUUCCAACAAUAAGUUUUGAAAAGCAAACAAAAAGAAGAUCUAUGAGUUUGUCAAAUAAUUAAUAGGAUAUUUCAAAUGUUAAGAUACCUCCUCCAAAAGUGAAGAUGAUGAUUCCAUUUGAAAAAUAAGAAGGAAGAAAGGAUAUGUAAAGAAAUACAGUUGAUAAAUUUUAUUAACCAAUGGAUCAAUAGAAAAAUAACAAUGCUCAUUCUUUUGAAUCAUAUUCAGCAAGAAAACCAUUAGUAGAAAAGGAUGCAAUGCCAGAUUAUGAGAUUUAAAAGAGUUUUAACUACGUAAAAUCAAGAAGAUAAACAGCAGUUGAUUUUGGUAAGUCAUCUUAAUAAAAGGAACAUUUACCUAUAACAUGUUUAUUAGAUUAUGAUGUUAAAUUAAGCCAAAAAAUAAGAACAAUCUUAUUUAAUAAGUAGAUUCCCAGAGAGAAAAAAGCUUAGAAUGAAAUGUUCAUUAAAUUAUUUCAACGGUUACAAGCCAAAGUUAAUUGA